UUAAUAAACGCGUCUCGUCCGCCUCUCUCUCUCUCUCUCCGCUGCUCUGCCUGACUGCCUCCAUCCCCCACCGCGAUUGAGAUGGCAGCAAUGGCGGCGCCGAAGCUCCUCCUCGGCCUGGUGAUGUUGGUCGGGUGCGCCGCGGCGGACAGCCACCGCUACAGGCCGGGCGACGCCGUGCCGCUCUACGCCAACAAGGUCGGCCCUUUCCACAACCCCAGUGAGACGUACCGGUACUUUGACUUGCCCUUUUGUGCCCCAGAGAAAGUAAAGGACAAGAUUGAAGCCCUUGGUGAAGUCCUUAAUGGGGAUCGUCUGGUUGAUGCGCCCUACAAGCUUGAUUUCCGUGUAGAUUUUGAUGCCAAGUCUGUUUGCAGUAGACGGCUCUCCAAGGAUGAUGUGGUCAAGUUCCGACACGCUGUUUCCAAGGACUACUACUUCCAGAUGUACUAUGAUGACCUUCCCUUUUGGGGAUUUAUUGGGACUAAGCCAGAAAAGGCAGAUGCAGGGGAUAAGUAUUAUCUUUACAGGCACAUCAUCUUUGACAUCCUCUACAAUAAGGACCGUGUAAUUGAGAUCAAUGUGCACACUGACCAGAACGCGGUAGUGGACUUGACAGAAGACAAGGAACUUGAUGUCGAAUUCCUUUAUACAGCCAAGUGGAAGGAGACACAGAUACCGUUUGAGAAGAGGAUGGAGAAGUACUCGAGCUCAUCUGUCAUGCCACAUCACUUGGAAGUUCACUGGUUCUCAAUUGUAAACUCUUGUGUCACAGUUCUCCUCUUGACAGGAUUCCUGGCAACGAUCCUCAUGCGUGUACUGAAGAAUGAUUUUGUCAAGUAUUCACAUGAUGAGGAGGAACCUGAUGACCAGGAAGAAACAGGAUGGAAAUAUAUCCAUGGGGAUGUCUUUCGGUUCCCCACUAACAAAUCGUUAUUUUCUGCUGCUCUUGGUACAGGCACUCAGCUAUUUGCUCUCACAACAUUUAUAUUCCUACUUGCACUGGUCGGAGUAUUCUAUCCUUACAACCGGGGUGCGCUUUUUACUGCACUCGUUGUCAUUUAUGCACUCACUUCAGGAAUUGCUGGGUACAGUGCAACCUCUUUCUACUGUCAGUUCGAAGGAAAAAACUGGGUGAGGAACUUGCUAUUGACUGGAUGCCUGUUUUGUGGACCUCUCUUUCUGACAUUCUGUUUCUUGAACACUGUUGCUAUUGCUUACAAUUCAACGGCAGCAUUGCCCUUUGGUACUAUCUGUGUCAUUGUGCUCAUAUGGACGCUGGUCACAUUUCCUUUGCUUGUUUUGGGAGGCAUUGCUGGGAAAAACAGCAAAAAUGAGUUCCAGGCUCCUUGCCGCACCACCAAAUUCCUGAGAGAGGUUCCACCACUUGCCUGGUACCGGAGAACCAUUCCGCAGAUGGCGAUGGCCGGUUUUCUUCCUUUCAGUGCCAUUUACAUUGAGCUGUACUACAUCUUUGCAAGCAUCUGGGGACACAGGAUCUACACAAUUUACAGCAUUCUGUUUAUAGUCUUUAUCAUCCUCCUUAUUGUCACAGCCUUCAUUACUGUUGCUCUGACCUACUUUCAGCUUACUGCUGAAGACCACGAGUGGUGGUGGAGGUCAUUCCUUUGUGGUGGAUCAACUGGAUUUUUCGUCUUCGCUUACUGCUUAUACUACUACCGUGAACGGUCUGACAUGUCUGGGUUCAUGCAGACAUCAUUCUUCUUUGGUUACAUGGCCUGCAUCUGCUACGCCUUCUUCCUCAUGCUGGGCAUGGUUGGUUUCCGUGCCGCCUUGCUGUUCGUUCGCCAUAUAUACAAAUCCAUCAAAUGUGAGUAGACUAUGCAUAGUUGGUGAAGGCCAGAGAUGAAAGAAACCAGAGGUAGCUGAUGCAAUUGAUUAGCCAUUAUUCAUAGCAAAAGGUAGUGAGCAGUAAAUCUGUUCCAUUUUGUACGACUGAUGUGGUGAAUUUUGCGGCUCUUUUUUUAUGUGUUAUGUCCUUGUAAUUUGCAUCAUUGUUGAAGGAAUCGUGCUUAGCAAUUUUACACCAUUCCAUUCCCUUGAUGUUGAGAGACAGUGCUGAUGAAUUUUGUAAGAAUUCAGAGGAGCAACCUCUUGAAUAUUAUAGCCUGAAAGCUUGAUCCGAAACAAACCAAUAGAAACUAUGACAUCUGUAAUUGUUUUGUUA